GGUGUAGUCCUACGUAGGCGUGGUCCGUGUGUGAGCAAGCUUCUGACGAUUUAUCUAUGAAGACUCAAAUAAAUCUUGUUUAUGUCAUGUUUGUUGGUUGAUCGACAUAAAUUCUAGAAAGUUUGGUCCAAUGCGACGAGCUAAGGGUUCUCCCGAAAGGGAUCAGACCAGGGAUCAUCAUCAAUCUGCUCCAUCGAAUAAAUCAAGUGAAGAAGAAAACAUGCAUUAUGCAAGCGCAUCACGAGCGAGAGAGAGGGAUCGCAGAAGCCGAAGCUUCGGCAACAGAAGAGGCGUGUUUCGCUGCCUGUCAGGAUCCGCAGCGAAGGUUUUGAUUAUCGUUGCACUGGCGUUCGCCAUUUAUAGUGUUGCCUCGAGCAGUGGGUACUUUGACAACAAAGCAGGUGAGAUGGUUCAGAGUCGUCAGGGUGUACAAAUGACCGUGGAGGAAAAUGAGGAAAUAUUGUUUGCCCAAGACAGAGGAAAAAACGGAGCACAAAAAGGCGUAAUCAAUCCUGCCGCUGAUGAAAAUGAAGGCAGUGAUGAUGAUGACAAUGAUGGCAUUUUUGAGACUGGGGCCAUUGAAGAUGAACAAGAGCAAAAUAUCUUGAGAGAAACAGAUGAUGAACAACCUGAAAAGAGCUACGACAAUGUUUUCAAGUACCAUGUUUUGCAGACAUUAACAAAUACAGAUCGCCUUCCCCAUCUCAAAAAGAGAUUUGAAGUUUGUUUGAAAUCAAUUCUUGAGAAGACUUCAGUUGAUCUUCUCUUCUUCUUUGUGGUUGAUGGACCAAGUAAAGCCUAUCUGGAAACAGCACUUCAAGAUAUCACAAAUCUACAGAUUUCAAAAUCUAAAUUUCAGUUCAUCUUCAUGGACAUUGACGCUCUGGCAAAAGACCUGGCCCCAUUGGUUGAGAUGAUGCAGGAGAAGAUCCAAGGCAACCAUCCCUACUACAAGGACUCCAUCUUCUUCCUCUCCACCAUGCUCCACAAGGACCUCUUGCCGGAGUACGUCCAUCGGAUCAUCAUGCUUGACACCGACCUCAAGUUCAUGAGCGACAUCAAGGAACUCUUCGACCACUUUGACCGCUUCCGUGGCGAUAACAUCAUGGGCAUCGUCCACGAGCAGCAACCGGUGUACCGUCAUAUCUUCUCUCUCUACCGGUCGCAGAAUCCGGGUACCCGCGUCGGGGGUCCCCCUCCAGAUGGUCUCACAGGAUUCAACAGCGGGGUCCUUCUCCUGGACCUUGACAGGAUACGGAAGAGCGUUCACUUCGAGGAGUACCUUCGUUCAGAAAAGGUGGUGGAGCUUCGGGACAAGUUCCAUUUUAAAGGUCACCUUGGUGAUCAAGAUUUCUACACAUUAAUCUCCAUGGAAAAGGAAGAUCUGUUUUACAAUCUUCCUUGCUCUUGGAAUAAACAGCUUUGCUCAUGGUGGAAAGAUAAGGGCUAUGCAAAUAUCUGGGACCAGUACUAUCUUUGCAAGGAAAAAAUAAAUAUUUACCAUGGUAACUGCAAUACGCCAAUACCUUUCUGAUACUAGACCAAGUUUUCAUUAGGGGCAACAAGCCCAUAUAAAGCCCUUUAGGGAAGUUCACCUUGUCAAAAAUUUUGAUCUCGGCAACGAAAGGUAUCGACCCUUAGAGUAGAAACGGUUAAUAUACAAAGUACCUCUUCAAAAAUUUGAUGAGCAUUGGGAAUUGUCACGUCAUGAUAAACAAAAGAACACUUAUUUCUUUGUAUUUUUUCUUUGAUUAGUAAGGUUUUUUUUACGCUAAUUUUACGUGGUAGAAAUGUGUAUUUAUUUGGAGAAAGAAAAAUAAAAAUGAUAAACCAAUGCUUAAUCUAAUGCCAUACUCCUUUUUAUCACCCUGGGCAAAACUGAUAAA